CUUUUCAAGUGUUUAAAAAAAAAAAAAAUAAAGGUCCUUAAAGGGAAAACACCUCGAUACUCUUUGUGUGCUUUAAAGCCCGUACUAGCAACUUUUUCGUGGUGUCUCAAGACAAAAAGACAAGCCAGGAAAGUUGAAGCAGCUCAGCGUUUCUGUCCGUUCCGCGGCUGCGGCGCGGGGCCGAGGCCGGUUCCGCCCGCCCGGGCUCGCCGGGCCCGGCUCGCUCCCCACACGCUCCCCGCGUGGGCGGCUGGCUGCCGCGCGGGACCUACAUGGCUUUGAGAAAGAGCUGCGUGGUACACACGGACGGCGCGGCUCCCCGGGGCCCGGCCGCGCUGGAUCGCUCCGCUGGCCGCGGCGAGCGCCGCUCGGGGUGCCCGGGCCCCGCCUGUCGCCGCGGGGCGCUGGGAAGCGGCCGGUGGCUCGCGACGGGCGCGCCUCCCCCCGCCCCCGCUCCUCGUGCGGCCGUUAGCGCGUGGCAGUUAGCGCUGCAACCGCUCCCGGGGCGCGUGCCGCCGCAGGCGUUUCCGCGCGCGCCGUGUGCAGCGGCGUGAGGAAAAGCGGGCGGGCGGGCGGGCGGCGGCCGUUCCCGCCUCACUCCCACCGCCGCCGGGGCUCCGCCAGCGGCCGCUGCUGCCUGUCAGCGCUGGGAGGCGACAGCGAGUCCCUGCCGCUGGAUCCGUCCGGGGAAAGCGAACGAGCGAGCGAGACUUCUACCUUUUUUUCUUUAUUUCCCCGUCUUUGCCACCAUGCUGCGGACGCCGCUGCCCGACAAGGAGAAGCGGCGGCUCAGCCCGGCGCCUUUCUCUUGAGGAGAUGAGGGAGGCGAGGCCGGGCCGGAGCUAGCGCGACCCGCGCGUCUCCCUCGUCCUCCCCCCUCCCGCGCCUCCGACCACCAUGAGGGAAGAGAGAGAAGCCGCCGCGGCCGCCUCCCCCACCGGACCCAGCAAAGCCCCGCAGCGCUGCCAGCACCCGGACGGGAGCGGGGCGUUUGCCCCCCUGGCGCUCCCCGGCGGCGGCGGCAGCAGCCCGGAGAGCCUGCGGAACGGCUACGUGAAGAGCUGCGCGACCCCCCUGAGGCAGGACCCUCCGAAGAGCUUCCUCUCUCUCCUGCUGUUCCCGACCGCCGCCUCCUCGUCCUCCUCCCGGGCUCUGCUCAGUCUGGGCGCCCUGGCCGCCCUUGUCCUCUCGCUCCUGGCCUUUCACGGCCGGGGCAGCGCCGGGGGCCAGCAGGACGGGAGCAGCUGGCGGAGCCUCCGGCCGCUGAACGCCUUGCUGUGCCUGUCCCGCUGCCUCAGCCCCCUUUUCAGCAUCGCCUGUGCCUUCUUCUUCCUCACCUGCUACCUGACCGGCGACAGGCGCGGGGAGCCCGGCGGCGGCACGACCCGCUGGUGGCUGCUGGCGCUUCCCGUGUGCUGCUACUUGGGGGACUUCGUGGUGCUGCAGUGGCUGCUGCCCGCGGAGGGGCACGAAGACGAAUCCCAGCACCCCGCCGAGCCGCAGAUGGUCCUAGGCAGGCUCCUGACAGUGCUGGGCUCGGUGGCAGCGCUGACCCUGCUGCAGAGCUCGCUGAAGUUGCGCCGGAGACUCCUCGUUUUGGUCUUCUCCAGCCUGGUGUGGCUCGCGUCGCUCACCAGCCUUCACUCGCUGCCCCCAGCCCUCCGACCGCUGCUGGCCGGCUCGGUCGGGGUGGCAGGCUGCCUCCUGGCACUCUGCGUCGGGGAGCACGGCAUCUUCUCGGCUCAGAGCCGAGAAGCGCACUACCAGCAUCAUCACCACCCUCGGCUCCCCAGCGUGGAGGAAAAAGUGCCUGUGAUCAGACCCAGGAGGAGAUCUAGCUGCGUUUCCUUAGGGGAAACUUCGGCCAGCUACCAUGGCAGCUGCAAAAUGUUUAGGAGACCCUCGUUGCCUUGCAUUUCCAGAGAGCAGAUGAUACUUUGGGACUGGGAUUUGAAGCAAUGGUACAAGCCCUAUUACCAGAAUGCUGGCAGUGGAAGUGGAGUUGAUCUUUCAGUAGUAAAUGAGGCUCGGAGCAUGCUAACAGACCUCCUGACUGACCCAUCCCUCCCACCACAAGUGAUUUCUUCCCUUCGAAGCAUUAAUAGUUUGAUUGGUGCUUUCUCAGGCACGUGCAGGCCAAAGACUAGUCCAUUCACACCAUUUCCCAGUUUCUUCCCUUGUCCUGAAAUAGAGGAUCCUGCUGAAAGAGGAGAGCGAAAGCUGCUCAAGGGAUUAAGUAGCAGGAAUAGCCUGCCAACACCACAGCUGAGACGGACUUCAGGUGUUUCUGGCAUUCUACCCGUAGAAUCAACAUCUUCCAGAUGGGAACGGAGUAACAGCAAGAGAUCUCAUCAGGAAUAUAACACAUCAAGCCAAGGAUCUCAUUCAAAUGGGUCUUUUGGUACAAACUUGCUGACCAUACCAAAGCAAAGAUCAGCUUCUGUGACAUCGAUGCAUCACAUGGGUCCCAGACGACCAGGUGCUUCUCCUGGCCUGAGUCCUGUGGGUUCACCCAGUCAUGGAUCUGUCUCCAGUGGGGCUUUCAGCAGCUGGUCACCUGUAGAAUUUCCUGAUACUGCUGAUUUUCUUACAAAACCAAGCAUUAAGCCGCCAGGAUCCGCAUUUAGUUAUCCAGAUUUGCAGCAGCAAGUUAAAACAUCUGUAGGUUAUGUGUGUAGCAGCUGUGGACGUCAGAUACUCAAGCCUAUUCCAGCACCAGAACCAGAAACUGCAGAAUAUAAAGACAGAAAAUCAGGUGAAAUUGGAAGUGCUAGUAUUUCAAAAGAAUCUUUCCACCACACAGAGAAGAAAAAAGAUGAAAGGAAGGAACCAAUCGAUCAAACACAAAAUAAUCUGCUUGUGGAGCAGAGUCCUACAUUAGAAACAGUGUUUUUAGACCAUGAUUCACUAAUGGAGAAGAUGAACAAUUGGAAUUUCCAAAUUUUUGACCUUGUACAAGAAAUGGGAGACCAGUCUGGAAGGAUCCUUAGCCAGGUAACUUAUACCUUGUUUCAAGACACUGGUUUGUUCGAAAUUUUCAAAAUCCCAACGCAAGAAUUCAUGAAUUACUUCUGUGCGUUAGAAAAUGGCUAUCGAGAUAUUCCCUAUCACAAUCGUAUACAUGCCACAGAUGUCCUUCAUGCAGUAUGGUAUCUGACAACACGGCCAAUUCCUGGAUUUCAGCAAAUUCAUAAUGAGCAUAUAAUGGAAAGUGAUAUGGAUGAAGCCACUGGUAUUGCCCCUGUUCAAGUCAGCUAUAUUUCUUCAAAAAGUUGCUCUAUCGCUGAUGACAGCUAUGGUUGUCUAGCAUCAAACAUUCCUGCUUUGGAAUUGAUGGCUUUAUACGUAGCAGCUGCCAUGCACGAUUAUGAUCAUCCUGGUCGUACAAAUGCUUUUCUAGUUGCUACAAAUGCACCUCAGGCUGUUCUCUACAAUGACAGAUCAGUCUUAGAAAAUCACCAUGCUGCUUCUGCCUGGAAUCUUUUCUUAUCACGACCAGAAUACAACUUUUUAUCAAAUCUUGAUCACGUAGAAUUCAAGCGUUUUCGUUUCUUAGUGAUUGAAGCAAUCCUUGCCACAGAUCUCAAGAAGCAUUUUGAUUUCCUUGCAGAAUUUAAUGCCAAGGUGAAUGAUAUCAACAGUCAUGGUAUAGAAUGGAGCAAUGAAAACGAUCGCCUCCUGGCCUGUCAAAUAUGCAUCAAACUGGCAGAUAUUAAUGGCCCAGCAAAAGUUAGAGAGCUGCAUCUGAAAUGGACAGAAGGCAUUGUUAAUGAAUUUUAUGAACAGGGUGAUGAGGAAGCAAGUCUUGGAUUACCUAUAAGCCCCUUCAUGGAUCGUUCUUCUCCACAGCUUGCAAAACUGCAAGAAUCUUUCAUCACUCACAUAGUUGGACCCCUGUGUAAUUCUUAUAAUGCAGCUGGGUUGCUUCCAGGGCAAUGGGUUGAUGAAGAGGAGGAGGAUGCAGAAAGUAUUGAAGACGAUGAUGGAGCACAGUUAGAGACUGAUGAUGAAGAAAUGGAAGAUGACCUCAUUUUAAAAGCUCAAAGAAAAAAGGGUAGACGAAUAUUCUGCCAGCUAAUACACCAUCUCAGUGAAAAUCACAAAAUAUGGAAGAAAGCAAUUGAAGAGGAAGAAAAAAAUAAAGCUGAAGGAGCCAAACUGCUGACUGAGAUCUCGUCUUUACCUCAAGCAGAUGAAAUUCAGGUUAUUGAGGAAGCUGAUGAAGAAGAUGAGCGACAACUAGGAGAAGACAAAACAUGCUAAUAAAAUUUCAGCAGUGGUGUCCAGGAUGAUGAUAGCCUAUUUUUUUCUCACUGUGCUGACUUUAGCCUGACACAGUUCACAUAAAAUUUAAAGGCCUUAAUACUGUGAGAGGAUUCUUUCUACUCUAGUGGAAUCCCACUCCUAUGCACUUUCGCCACACAGAAUAUGAAACUUUAUUCAAAGAUUGAGUAUUGUAUACCCUGAUGCAAAGUUCUUUAUGCCUGAUAUAAUGAUAUCCUGAUAAAAUGCUGCCUUGCUGAAUAUGGAACUCUUAUUUUCCUUGAGGUACCUGCAAUUUUUGAAAACAUUCAGUUACUUCAGUUACCAAAGUGGCAAGAACUUUUGCUAACAAGGAAACAUGGGAUGAAUCCUAUUAUUGUCUUGAGUUGCUUAUUUCAUGUUGGUUUUGAACAUGAAGAAGAAAAAGUCUGUGCCUAUAGGAAAACUGUGUUACUGUUGCAGUGCAAGCCUGUUUGGGGUGUCUACUUAGUGCAGUAGUGUGCUUAACGUAGUCAUCUCAGAGCAACUCUUCAAGGACUGUGACAUGAAUGCUGAAUUCUGAUAUUUGUGGUUUAAAAAGGAAAAAAAUCCAGGUGCAUCUAUUUCUGAUGCUUUUUAUUAUUGUGCAUAAUCUGAUGUUUUAUUUUUGCAGAAAAUAUUCAGGUUUGCAGUGGGUGUUCAUGAGAAUUCAUUGCGUACAAGGCCAUUAUCAUCUGUUGCCUUGCUGUCUUGUGGUAGAACAUUAAAAACCUGUUCAGCUACUUAAAUUAUUAAGGAAUUCUAUUCUUUUAGUCAUAACGCUAUAUUUCCUGCCCGUACUCAGGUUCUUGUUUAAAAACAAGUCAACAACAUUACAGAUUUUUUAUCUUGCACCAAUUUUUGGUAUUAAAUUUUAAGGAAAUAAGAUCGUACUUCAUUUCUUCUUUGUAUGGAAAACUUUAGGACAAUGAAAUUUUUUCUUUUUUUUUUUUUUUAAAGAAAAUAGAAACUACUGUUCCAAAAUGGCUAGUGUAUUUAAUGUGCCCCCACAUCUUUUCUCCCAUCACAGAUAUAGCUUAUCUUGCCUUCAAGUUUGAUGUGCACCCUGAAAUAUACAUAUGGAAUGCAGAGUGUGAAAACUUCAUGUAAAGCCUAAUAGUAAGAUAAACAUCACUAUAUUAUAUUGCAAUUUAGAUUGUUGAGUUUUUAAAUAAGAAACUUAGACAUUCCACACAAAUGUAUUUUUAGGAACACUGCCAUUGUAGAUCUAAUUGGAAAAAGAAAAAAAAGAGCAUAAAUUAGGCUACAGGUAUGUAAGUAAGCCACAAAUAAAGCUAGUUUUAAAAGUGUACCUUUUAAUACUAAACAUGUAUAUGCUGUGCAGUUGAAUUAAAUAAAAACAAAUGCACACAUGUGCAAGUUCCUAAAUGUAUCUUAGCAUAUUUGUGUUUACAUUUACUUCAGAUGACUUGAAAAAAGGUAACAUUCCUAAGAUAACCUUUUGUAAACUGCAUUGCACUCUUUUACACAAACAAAAUUUUAUUUUGCUCGUUGAUUGGCCAGUUUAAAUAACUGAAAGGAAUUCUGGUUUUCCACUGAUAAGCUUUUGGUUGAUCCAUUUAGAAGACCACUGAGAAGAGCUUUUACUAUUUUAUAUAUUCAGUGCCAAACCCCCAUUUGCUGCCAUUAUUUCUCUCACUGCAUUUUUGUAACACAAGCAGUGUUAAAACCAGAUAUUUCUGUCAUUAAUAAAAUGUAGCACUAUUGAAGCUGGCAGUUAUUGAUCAUUCACUUGUAUUUUACAUUUCUUGUAUGUAUAUUUUCCUAACACGUAAUUUGAAGACUACAGAAACUAUGCUUUUUUUGGUAUGCUGUAUUCUCAGCAUUUUGUGUUUAGCCUAUGUGUUUGUACAUAAAAAAAAUCACUUUAA